GAGUUCGCCGCCAGUCACUUUGCCGAUCUAUAGAAUAAGCAAUCUGUGAAUUGCAUCCAGUUCGUUGUCAUAGCUUCCUAGACGCACGACACAUCAUGUCAACGACCUUGGUGAAUAAAUUGCAGCUGGGCCCCCAGGACUCAGUCUGCUACCCAUUGCAUGUCGUCUAUUGCGGCAAUUGCAGCAUGCCCAUUGAGUAUUGCGAAUACUAUCCAGAGUACGACAAAUGCAAAGUAUGGCUGGAGAAAAAUCUGCCAUCGGAGUUUGCCAACUUAAAAGUGGGCGGUGAAGAUUCAGGCGAAGGCAGUAAUGAAGAAGAGAAAAAGCGGCAGAAACGUGGCGGUAAAGGAAUGAUAAAAGCCAAAAAGAAGGAAGAUUUACCGAAACAAGUGUGUCUUUCAAGAGCACCCAGAGGGAAGAAGAAGAGUGUCACAGUAGUCACUGGCUUACACACAUUUGAUAUUGACCUGAAAGUGGCAGCGAAAUAUUUCGGGCAGAAAUUUGCGUGUGGGUCAUCAGUAACGGGCGAAAACGAAAUUGUAAUACAAGGCGACGUUAAGGACGACCUCUUCGAUUUAAUACCGGAAAAGUGGCCGGAGAUCGACGAGGAUUUCAUUGAAGACUUAGGCGAUCAGAAACGAUAGAGUCAAGAGUAAGUUUUUACAAUAGGCAAGCAUAAGAUGCGUUUUCAACAACAACAACACCAACACCGAUUAUUUUACGAACUUUUCUCUCAAAGCCGUGACCGGCUUUAAUAUUCUGUUUACAUUUAAAUUAUGUUUUUAAAUAAUUGGCAUUAAAUAAUGUCAAUUCGGUGGAAAGUGUAUUCACUUUUUAUGCGAAUAUGUUAUUUAUACAGUUAAAUUAUGGUUAAUAAUGAAAAUAUGUUAAUAGUGGGGUUGAUUUGUCGAUAACACCAUUGCUGCACACUAUAAAACAGACAAAUACUUCAAAAAAUGUAUUUUUUAUAGAUAGGCGCAUUUUAUAACUUGAUUGGCCUAUAACUUAUUGUGUAAACCUAAUGAAAACCUCAUAUCUACACACUUGUGUUGCGAUUUUAAGAAUUAAUAAACGUGUAACAUAAUGAUUGAUAAA